UGGCAGUCCCUGCGCCUUCUGUUGUCUGCCGCAUUUGUAGCGAGCUGUUUCCAGUGUGAAGACGUGCAUCCGCAUUUUGUGCUGCAGCUUCCGAGUUGAUAUCUACUUCUCCGUUAAUAAGGACCUUCCGCCAUGUCGGCAGCUGCUGAGGUUCAGAGGACGGCGGCCGUGGACCUGGGCGCCCUGCUGGACGCGGGCGACGGCGCGGUCGUCACGCUGGUGGCGGGAGAGACGCGGCUGGCGGCGCACCGCGCGGUCCUGGCCGCCAGGAGCCCCGUGUUCCGAGCCAUGUUCCAGCACGACACGCUGGAGGCCAGCUGCGGCGAGGUCAGAAUUGCGGACGUGGAGGGCCCGGUGCUGAGGCAGCUACUGUCUUACAUGUACACCCUGCAGGCACCCCACACGACCGACACUGCCCCGGAGCUGUUGACAGCAGCUGACAAAUACGGCCUGUCCGCCCUGAAGGCCGCCUGCGAACAGCAGGUGGCGGCGCAGCUGGAGGUGGAGACGGCGGCGGCUGCAGCUGUGCUGGCGGUGAGGCACUCGUGCCCCAGCCUAACUGCGGCCGCCAUCCACUUCAUAAGGUCUCAAACACACAAAGUAAUGGCGACGCAGGGCUGGGCAGAUGCUAUGCGUAGCUGCCCUGAGCAUCUGAUUGAAGUCAGUCGGCUGCUCAGUGAACCACCAGCAGAAGCCAGGAGCCUCUCUCAACAGGAGAGAGGGAGGAGGCUGAUAGAGGCGGCCAGGCAGGGCGCGGCGGAGCAGCUGCGCGAGUUACUGGCGGCGGGGGCGGACGUGGGGGCGAGGGAUGAGUGGACCAGCUGGACCGCCCUGCACUGGGCAUCAGAGAGGGGUCACGUGGCGGCGGCCAGCUGCCUCGUCGGCGCCGGCGCGGAGGUCGACGCCAGGAGCAGCUGGGGGCAGUGGACGCCCCUGCACUGGGCUGCAUACAAUGGCCACGCUGGUGUGGUGCGGCUGCUGGUCGCCGCCUCUGCUGACCCCAACGCCAGGGAUCGGUGGGGGCGGACGCCGCUGCACAGGGCGGCAGAGAGGGGCCACGCAGGGGCGGCGGCUGAGCUCCUCCUGGCGGGGGCGGACAGGGGGGCCCGGGAUGAGGAUGGCAGGACCCCCCUGGACGUCGCCAGGGAGAGGGGAAAGCAGGAGCUGGUGGAUAUCCUGACACAACGCUGA